AUGUUAGCAGAAGAUAAAGGCUGUACUAAUGUACUCGAAGCUUUUAUUGAUUACAUAUCUGGAAGGGAGAGAGAAAAUUUCCGUUCCAGGAGACAUGACAAUGAAGAUUCUGUUACUCUUACUACAAUACAUCAGUCAAAAGGCUUAGAAUGGGACUGUGUUUUCAUAGUAAAGGCAAAUGAAUCUGAGAUUCCCUUGUUGCAUGAAUUUAAUGGUGUUGCACAAGAAAAUGGUACCUCAGUUGAGGAGGAGCGACGCUUGUUAUAUGUGGCGAUGACUCGAGCACGGAAAAAGCUUUUCAUCCUAUAUGUUAUUAUGGAUUCAAAUUGGCAGGUUCUUCAACCAUCACGUUUUAUAAGAGAAAUUCCGGAUCAUCUUCAGGAGGUUCAGGGUGAUCUAAAUUUAAGAAGUUUGCAAACAAAUCACCAGCAACCUCAAAAAACAACUUCCGAGUCUAAUGCUGGUCUACCAAGGGAAAUGGAAUCUUCAGAAGUGAAUGUGGUGCUAAAUGAUUCUAUUAAUAUAGAUGACGCAUCCAAAGUGUCUGUCGAGGGAAUUGAGGCUUGCAACGGAAAUAGCUUUUUAAGAAGAUUUAGAACGGAGGACCGUGCAGUUGUUUCCCAUUUGUUCCAUCAAUGGGCUAAGAAGGCAGCAUUUCAAGACCCAAAUAGGUUACUUGACAAGGUUGCCUUUGUCAUUGACGAGCGUAUGAGAGGCCGGAAAUGCACACACAAGGAAGUGUUGCGUGCUUUGAAGUCCGACUUAAGGUGUGAUGAGGCAUUUCACUAUGCUGAAUAUGUUAUAAAGUGGGUGCAAAUUCCUUCUGAUAGGCGUGCUUAUCUAAUGAGGGAGAAACAGGAACAUUUUCAAAAACUAAGAAUCGAGAACGCAAUGGGCUCAUCAGCAGCUACUUCUAAACAGAAUCUCGCAAGUGCCCCUCUAUGGUGA